UACUUUUGGGGCUUUCAUCACCCCGACUGGCUACUGCUGCUCUUGCGAUGCCUCGCGUCAGGCCAGCCUCGCCACAUACGAGAGGCUUGGGAGAGAAAGGAGUGUUUUUGGUCUCGAACUAGAGCCGUGUUAUUUGCAGCAGAAUGAAGGAAGCCUGCAGGCAGGACCUGAGUACCACAGCGCGCUCCCCGCUUGCAGUUCAGCACCUGGUGUUCAGAUGCAGACCGCCUCCGACAGUGGUAAGGAAGAUGUAAAGUGGACCCCCCCAAGCCCCCAGUAGUGUGUUCAGCAAACACCACCUUUUCAGCUGGGUGAUGUCUGGGUCUCUUCGCACAUCCCACGUAGGACUGCUAGCUUUGUUGCAUCUCAGAGCUGAGGUCAGAGAACGAUACUAAAUCAGAACUGACGCCCAGCAACUAAUGUCCUGCAGAAGCAUUCUGGUUGUCGGAGAUCCGGAGCUUCUGAAAGCCAAAGAAGUGGCCUUUCUUUCUGUGUAGUACACAUGAAUACAGAGCUGUCUUCCCUCCCAUUCUAGCUUCAGAGCCUGGGGUUUCAGCCGUACGCCAGCCGAGGCCUGUGGACACCACUAGCUCUCUGUCCCCACCCACCCAGGCUAGAAAAAGAGUUAAGGACUACAAUGGAAGAGAAUGUGUUCAGUGUGCAACAGAUUCAGCCCAAUGUCAUUUCCGUCAAGCUCUUCAAGCGUAAAGUUGGAGGUCUCGGGUUCCUGGUGAAGGAACGCAUCAGCAAGCCUCCGGUGAUCGUUUCCGACUUGAUCCGAGGAGGAGCAGCUGAACAAAGUGGCCUUAUUCAGACGGGGGACAUUAUCCUAGCGGUCAAUGGGCGGCCCCUGGUAGAUAUGAACUAUGACACCGCCCUGGAGGUCUUGAGGAGCAUUGCCUCCGAGACUCACGUUGUCCUUAUCUUGAGAGGUCCAGAGGGCUUCACCACUCACUUGGAGACGACCUUCACCGGUGACGGGACGCCAAAGACUGUCCGAGUCACCAGGCCCCUGUGUGUGAGUCCCCCAACCAUAGUCGACCUGCCGUCCAGUCUAAGUAUCCACACCAAAGAUCAACCGCAAGGGGAAGACUACACGAUGGGGGGCUCUGUCAGCUCUCGGUGUGCCCGGGAGAACGGGCAGGGGAAUGAGACUUUGGUGCAUGUCAACGGCAUGAUUUCCGGCACUGUCGCCAGGGACUCUCUGAAAGGAACUGAGGACAUUUCCAAUUGUUGCCUUAAUGGCAGCGUCGAAAACAGUGAACUACUAAAAGAGAUCGAGCCGGUUCUGGACCUUCUGAAGAGCAACAGCAAAGAGCUCAAUGGGGAUGCGCAACCCAAGACAGACACGAGAGACGCGGAAGUCCAGGUCGAUGGUUUCCGGGAAGCAGACCAGAAGUCGCCGAAGGCGUUGCCAGCAGGGAUGGAGAAUGACCGAGUCUUCAGCGACUUGUGGGAGAAAACCGACUCAGCCUUCAUUGUGAGCAACCCCUCUUCAGACAAGGACCAGGUCCCACCCUCCGGCCGGCAGUCACCAACCAAGAAUUUGGUGAAUGGAAGCCCUUCCAAGUGCCCACGCUUUGCCAAAGUGCGGAACUGGGAGACCGGAUCCGUGCUCAAUGACACUCUGCAUCUGAAGAGUACCAUGGUGACCCCCUGCAGCGAGCAGGUCUGCAUGGGCUCCAUUAUGAUGCCUUCCCAGCACAUCCGAAGGCCUGAAGACGUCCGGACGAAGGAGCAGCUACUCCCACUAGCGAAAGAAUUCAUUGAUCAGUAUUACUCCUCCAUCAAGAGGUUCGCUUCCAAGGCCCACACGGAGAGGCUGGAGGAAGUCACCAAGGAGAUAGAAGCCACUGACACCUACCAGCUGCGUGACACAGAACUGAUCUACGGGGCGAAGCACGCCUGGCGCAAUGCUUCCCGCUGCGUGGGCAGGAUUCAGUGGUCCAAGCUGCAGGUCUUUGAUGCCCGGGACUGCACCACAGCCCAUGGGAUGUUCAACUACAUUUGCAACCACAUAAAAUACGCUACUAACAAAGGGAACCUCAGGUCUGCCAUCACCAUUUUCCCCCAGAGGACAGAUGGGAAGCACGAUUUCCGAGUCUGGAACGCUCAACUCAUCCGAUACGCUGGUUAUAAACAGCCGGAUGGCACCAUCCUGGGAGACCCGGCCAACGUGGAGCUGACUGAGAUCAGCAUACAGCAAGGGUGGAAAGCACCCCGGGGGCGGUUCGACAUCCUGCCACUCUUGCUCCAGGCCAAUGGCAACGACCCUGAGCUUUUUGAAAUCCCGCCCGAGCUGGUGCUGGAAGUGCCCAUCAGGCACCCCAAGUUUGCCUGGUUUAAAGACCUGGAGCUGCAGUGGUAUGGCUUGCCCGCGGUUUCCAACAUGCUGCUCGAGAUCGGAGGCUUGGAGUUCUCGGCCUGCCCCUUCAGCGGCUGGUACAUGGGCACCGAGAUCGGAGUCCGCGACUACUGUGACAACUCUCGCUACAACAUCCUGGAGGAAGUUGCCAAAAAGAUGAACUUGGACAUGCGGAAGACCUCCUCGCUUUGGAAGGACCAGGCCCUGGUGGAGAUAAACAUUGCUGUCUUAUACAGCUUCCAGAGCGACAAGGUGACCAUUGUGGACCACCACUCAGCCACGGAGUCCUUCAUCAAGCACAUGGAGAAUGAGUACCGUUGCCGGGGAGGUUGCCCUGCUGAUUGGGUAUGGAUCGUCCCACCCAUGUCUGGAAGCAUCACCCCCGUCUUUCACCAGGAGAUGCUCAACUACAGGCUCACGCCCUCCUUUGAGUACCAGCCUGAUCCAUGGAACACGCACAUCUGGAAAGGCAUCAACGGCACUCCCACCAAGAAGAGAGCCAUUGGGUUUAAGAAGUUAGCAAAAGCUGUGAAGUUCUCUGCCAAGCUGAUGGGGCAGGCGAUGGCAAAAAGGGUGAAGGCCACCAUCCUAUAUGCCACAGAAACUGGAAAGUCCCAGGUCUAUGCAAAAACCCUGUGCGAAAUCUUCAAGCAUGCCUUCGAUGCCAAGGUGAUGUCAAUGGAUGAAUAUGACACUGUCCACCUGGAACAUGAAACCCUUGUGCUGGUGGUCACAAGCACCUUCGGCAACGGGGACCCGCCUGAGAAUGGGGAGAAAUUUGGCUGUGCUCUGAUGGAAAUGAGGAAUCCCAACUCCAACCUGGAAGAGAGAAGGAGCUACAAGGUGCGCUUCAACAGCGUCUCCUCGUAUUCGGAUGCUCGUAAAUCGUCAACCGACGGGCCUGAAGCCAGGAACAACUUUGAGAGCACCGGUCCUCUGGCCAAUGUCAGAUUCUCUGCCUUUGGCCUGGGCUCGCGGGCCUACCCCCACUUCUGCGCCUUCGCCCGUGCCGUGGACACGCUCCUGGAAGAGCUGGGAGGGGAACGCAUCCUGAGGAUGGGCGAGGGAGAUGAGCUAUGCGGACAGGAGGAAUCCUUCAGAACGUGGGCCAAGAAGGUCUUCAAGGCAGCGUGUGACGUGUUCUGCGUGGGCGACGAUGUCAACAUUGAGAAGGCAAACAACUCCCUCAUCAGCAAUGACCGGAGCUGGAAGAGGAGCAAGUUCCGCCUGACCUAUGUGGCCGAAGCUCCCGAAUUAACACAAGGCUUGUACAGCAUCCACAAAAAGCGAGUGUUCGCAGCCCGGCUCCUGACACGUCAGAAUCUCCAAAGCCCCAAAUCAAGCCGCUCCACGAUCUUCCUGCAACUUCACACCAAUGGGCACCAGGAGCUCCACUAUCAGCCUGGAGACCACCUGGGCGUAUUCCCAGGCAACCACGAAGACCUGGUCAAUGCCUUGAUCGAACGGCUGGAAGAUGCCCCUCCCACCAACCAGCUAGUGAAAGUAGAACUCUUGGAAGAAAGAAGCACGGCUUUGGGUGUCAUCAGCAACUGGACAGACGAGAGCCGCGUCCCACCUUGUACAAUCUUCCAGGCCUUCAAAUAUUACCUGGACAUCACCACCCCUCCCACGCCGAUCCUGCUGCAGCAGUUUGCGCUGCUGGCAACCAAUGAGAAGGAGAAGAAGCACCUUCAGGUUCUCAGCAAGGGCCUGCAGGAAUAUGAGGAGUGGAAGUGGUCCAAGAACCCCACGAUGGUUGAAGUGCUGGAAGAGUUCCUGUCGGUGCAGAUGCCUUCCACCCUCCUGUUGACCCAGCUCCCGUUGCUGCAGCCUCGCUACUACUCCAUCAGCUCCUCCCCAGAUAUGUACCCCGACGAGGUCCACCUCACGGUAGCCGUGGUCUCCUAUCGCACCAGAGAUGGGGAAGGCCCAAUCCACCAUGGAGUCUGCUCCUCCUGGUUCAACCGGAUACAGACGGACGAAGUGGUACCCUGUUUUGUCAGAGGAGCGCCUGGGUUCCACAUGCCACAAGACCCGCAGGUUCCCUGCAUCCUGAUCGGCCCCGGGACAGGCAUUGCUCCAUUCCGGAGCUUCUGGCAGCAGCGGCUCUUUGAUGUGAAGCACAAAGGGCUGAAGCCAUGCCCCAUGAUGCUGGUCUUUGGCUGCCGACAGUCUAAGAUCGAUCACAUUUACAAAGAGGAGACCUUGCUAGCCAAAAGCAACAGUGUCUUUAAGGAGCUGUUCACAGCCUACUCCCGUGAGCCAGACAAACCAAAGAAAUACGUUCAGGACAUCCUGAAAGAGCAGCUGGCGGGAACAGUCUACAAAGCGCUGAAGGAGCAGGGCGGCCACAUCUAUGUGUGUGGCGACGUCACCAUGGCCGGGGAUGUCCUCAAGACCAUCCAGAGCAUUGUGAGGCAUCAGGGCAAGCGGACGGCAGAGGAGGCCAGCGCUUUCAUUAGUAAGCUAAGGGACGACAACCGAUACCACGAGGAUAUCUUUGGCGUCACCUUGCGCACGUACGAAGUGACAAACCGCCUCCGAUCUGAGUCGAUUGCGCACAUCGAGGAGAGUAAGAAAGACACGGAUGAGGUGUUUUGUUCCUAAACUUGACCGUGUUGCAUUGCCCGAGAUGGGAUGCCAAGCCAGGCCAGUCACAGCAGCUCCAGCUGCUCUGCCCCAGCCCCAAAAGAGGGGGGUUGAAUCCUGUACUGACACGUCCACAUCCGCUCCUUUCCUCCAGGGACUUGACGGCCCGCGACAACCGCUCUUCUGUGUCUCGUCCUGUUGUUGUGUCCUGAAGGAUGUGUUGUUGACACUUGGAUGGCGACGGAGGAGGAGGAGGAGGAGAUGAUGGCGAUGCUGAUGAUAUUUCUUCCCCCCUCCUCUUCUUGAGUCCUGUGGCAUUUUCUUUUCCCUCCAUGUGCCCUUCUCUGGAGUCUCCCGCUGCAGUCCGAUGGCUUUGCACAACCUGCAAGCGGCUACAACGAUAACAAAGAAACAAAACUGUCUUCUCAUUAAUGACAAGGCCGUCUUGCGGCUGCAUGAAAUCACCACCUUAGUGGUCGUCAUCUGCAUUUAUUUAAUUUUUUUUUUUUUUUGGUGUUUCAGGGCGGGAUUAAAGGGUCAAGGCUGCUUGCUGUUCGGUUAAGCACCUGAGAAAUGCAGAAUCGCCACCCUAUUUGUUUGCCACAAUCUCUGCCUAGCAUGAUUUGCUUCAAGCAGUGGAUCACUUUUUUUCCCCUCUCCCCUUUCAUUCUCUGCAAUUUGGCAGGGGGAAGGAGGGGGUGUGUAGUGGACAGCUACUCCUGUGGCUUUGUUCUUGUGCAGCCUCUCAGUCCUCAGCAUACAGGGUGGGACUUGUCUCUGUUGCACAGAUAAUGGUUGCACCUUUAUUCAGCAUGCUUGCACUGUCUUAACAUGGUGCGCCGCCUCAGUCCCCCUUCUCUUCUCCCUGUACCCUUCCGCAAUGUGUUUGAGCACUGAUCCUAUGGUUGCAAAGUUGGUAAAACAGCUGGGCAUGGCAAACAACUGGGUGGGCUUUAACUAACAGGCUGCCAGGAAGCAACUGUGUGCCGUCAUGCAUUGUGGGGGCUUAAAUGUUGCUACGAUUAUUAGUACACUCCUAGGAAGCAGAGGUUUCUCCAUUAAAUCCAUGUGAUGUGCUUACUACCUUUGUCCUCAGGAAGAGAAAAAAAGAAUGAGCAUGGUGCCAAAGGAUCGCCUCUGUGGAAACAUCGAUUAGGAAUGGGGAACUUGUAGCCCUCCAGAUGUUGUUGGGCUAGGACUCCCAUCAUCUUCUGCCCAUUGACCAUGCCAGUUGAGGGUGAUGUGAACAGGGAUGGGGGGGGGAGUUGAUUCAGUUCACAAUUAAAGGUGAGCUUACCUAAUGUGCACUUUCUGAAACAAGAUGCAAACCAAAACACAGCCAUCCUUCGAAAUUCACGUCUCCAAACUUUGCAAUGCAGUUCUCCAGGCCAGUAACAUGUACGAAAAUGCAUACACUAGGGUAGAGUGCGCGUCUAAAUGCAUCUAUUAGUGACAACAACAUACAGGAGUGCAUUACAUUAGGGGGAAACUUGUUUGCAAAAAUGGUAUGAGUCAAAAUUGCAUGCAAACAUGCGCAUUUUAGGAGAAAUUCACACUAAAACGCUGAUGCAUUUUCACGAGCCCUUGUUUUUCCAUUAAUAAAGAAAUAAAUAAAUAAAUUGCAAGCAGACGUGGAAAUGUGAAGAACCAAACUGAAGACUGGAAAAAUGAGAAACUAAAAUGGACAGAUUUGCCCAUUCCCACUGGCUGGGGCUGAUGGGAGUUGGAGUCCAACAAUAUCUGUUGGGCCGCAGGUUGCCCAUCCCAGCUAUAUAUAGGCCAAGGCCAAAAAAGGGUGCGUGAAGGAGCAGGCAUGUUACACUCGUGAACUGUCUUCCCCUUGGCUUCCCAGGCCUCCGGUGACUUUACAUCCUGCUCACUUCACAUAUUACUCUUUCCAGGUCAAUGUCUAUGAUGUUUUAAGGACAGACCUAAAAAGGUAACAUGUGGAUGUGUUGAAGAUAGAUACCAGACAGGUAUGCUUGUCCCAGGGCUUUGGUUGGCUAUGGCUCCUUCAUAAAAAACACAUUUAAAAAGAGCACUCGGUUCUCAGCACAAUAAAACUUCAGCAAUGAAAUAUCAUCAGUACUGCUACCAGUAAAUAAUUCUGGGCAAUUGCUUGAUUCUGCUUACUUUGUGAUUAUAGUUAACAACAAUGAAAUGGGCCUUUGUUCUAGGGCAAGGGUGGGGGGCCUUUUUGACCCAGUGGGUCAGAUCUUAUCUUCCCCCACCUCGUGGGCCAGCGUCGGCAGGUGGGUGGGGCUACCCACAUGUCAAUCAUCUGACUUGUAUUUGUUCCAUUUCUAUCCCACCUUCCCUCCAAGGAGCUCAAGGUGGCGUAUAUUUUAUCCUCUCCAUUUUAUCCUUCCAACAACCCUGUGAAGUAAGUUAGGCUGAGAGACUGUGGCUGGCCUAAGGCCACCCAGCAAGAUUCAUGGCUGAGUGGGGAGUACAUUCUGAGUGGGGAGUGCACUGGCCAAGCAGGACCCAGCAGGACUGGACCUUGCCGCCCGCCUGCCCAUCAGUUGGUUGUGGUUUGGGGGAGAUGACUUUGUGGGCCAGUUUGGACUUCCUGGUAGGCCAAAAUUGCCCCGCAGGCCAGAGGUUCCCCACCCCUGCUGUGCACAAUUGAGGUGGUACAUAUCCAUUUGUGGCUGGCUAGACAGGCUAAGGUCAAGAAUUGCCAUCUCAGAGUUGGAAGUGGCCUUUUGGACCACCUUGUCCAAUCACCUGCAGGGAAUCCAGAACGAGAGCAUCCCCAACAGACAGCUGCCCAGCCUCUGCUUGAAGACCUUCUGCAAGGGAAAGCCCACUGCUCCUCUAGAUAAUCGGUUCCAUUUGCUGGACGUGCUCUUGCCAUCAAGAUGUUUCUCAUGUUCGAUGACAUGUGCAUGGCCACUCUGAUUCUCUCCCCUGCCCACCCGUCGUGGCAUUCCAUGUUCACGGAAAUGCGUACUAGGAUGCCACCAGUACUGAGAUCUGCAGCUCCUGGUCUUGCGGCCAGGGAGGAAGAGGGGCAGAUCCUUGAAUUCAGUUUACAAUCCUUGUAAAACUGGCCGUGUCUAGGCUAGAUUCAGAAAUGUCAGUGGAGGUUAGGGCGAAUGGGGGUACUGCCCCACCAAUCUCAGUCUGCCCCCAGCCAGUCCCCCCCCGCCUGCCUUCUUACUUGCAACCAGCCCAAGGGGAUGACAGUACCUGCCAGUUUCCUCCUCCUCAGUCUCAGUUCUGCCCCUGUAGAACUCAACAGGGAAGAAGGUGGAGGACAAAGCUAGAAUGAGUUGGCUCUGCCUGUCAUUGGCUCUCGGGCUUCACCUACUGUUGGAGCCUUCUGCCCUACCAGUCCCAAUGGGCACCAGCCAUCACAGAAAAGCAGCUCUCAGGGGAUGCAAGGACUGUCCUGAGGUGAGUCUCCGAGUGCAUCAGUACUACUGGUGUCCAAGCUGUCAUGAACGGCAAGCAUCACCCAUAGUUGACUGAAUCUGCCCAUCCAAAGGCUGGUUCCAAUAAUAAUAAUAAGCAAUGUUAUUUGGACAUCGUAGAAAGCAACUGGAGAGGAUCUGAAGACAGUCUGUGGGUGGACCUUCCCCAUAAGAUUCCAGUGGAUGUCUCAUACAGGGACGCCUCACAGAGGAAUAAAUGUAGAAAAGGCUUUUGGGUGCUCCCAUGUGCAAUUUUAUUGUGGACUGCAAACUUAGGCAUGCAAACUUUGUGUAGCACACAACCUUGGGGGGUUGUGUCCACACAAACUUGUCCUCAUCAAAAUGCUGCCCCGCAUUGUUUUCCUAAAGUGCAGUUGUUGCCGCACCUUCCUGUUAAAGGUUUAGUCUUUGGUGUCAAAAACAUGUUGCUUUUCAGGUUGGUGUUUUUUAAAAAAAAGGACAAGGAAGCUGCUAUAUGCUGAGUCAAACCAUUGGUCUAUCUUGCACAGUAUUGCCUACCCUGUCUGGCAGCAGCUCUCUAUGAUUUCAGGCAGGGGACGUUCCCAGCCCUACCCGGAGAUGCUGAAGAUUGAAGCUGAGAUCUUCUGUAUGCAGAAGAGAUGCUUUGCCACUGAGCUAUGGUCCUUCCCCAAAGGUAGACUGGGUGUGAAUUCCUUUUAUAUCCCCCUUAAAGGCUCUUUGAGACUUAUAGGCAUCUGGGCAAAGAGCUUGACAAGACAAGUAGGGAUGGGCGAGAAUUUCGGUUCAGGUCACAUUUCAAGCCGAAUCUAUCAAAUUUGCACUUUGCGAAACGAUACGAGGACCGAAACACAGCCAUCCGUUGAAAAUCACACUUAUUCAAAUGGGGGGAUGCAGUUUGCCAAUCAAUAUUUACGAAAAUGCAUAUGUUAUGGGGAAGUGUGCAUAUAAAAUGAACACAUGAGUGAAAAUAAUAUGCAAACACACAUCAUGUAACGAGAAAUGGCUUGCAAAAAUGUGUAACUUAGUCAAAACCCUACCAAAAUGUGCUUAUUAGGAGAAAUUUGCACUUAAAUCCUGGAGAAUUUUCAUGCAUUUUUUUUUUAAUUCACCUUGCUGCAGAAAUGUGGUGAACAGAAAUUAAGACUGGGAAAAUGAGAAAUGGGGCAAGCCAAAAGUGACAGAUCUUUCCAUCCCUAGGGAUGGAAACAACCGCAAGGGAGCAAUUUCCUUGGCGGCCCAAGCAUUGACCACUUUUCCUAGCCGCACCUUUGCAGCAAGUGCCUUUCCAACGGGGUUGUGUUGCUCUUGCCAGAAAGAGGAGUCAUGAUAAACUCUAGUUAGGUUUUGACGCCCCAGCUGGAUUCAUGCUGCUCUCUUAUGCUGCUGGGAUGGGAACGUGGGUGAGGCAGUUAAUGUAAAUGUUACCUUUGUACAGUAAGCAAGUAUCUACAUGCACACACACAUCUCUAUCCUCCGUUCAGGCAAGCACGAGACACCAUGAGAGUUUAAGGACACAUUGCAGCCAGGCGAAAAUAAUUGAGGGUGCAAAGCAGGGCUGCCGAGGGCCACAGCCCAGGGAGCAGGCUGGGAAGAUUCCCAAGGACCAGACAAAAAUGCCCAGAGGGCUGUGUUUUCUCCCAGGCUUGAGGUUCCCGCCCUGGGAGUAGGGAAGUGGGAGACAUUUGAUUCAGUUCACACUUAAAGCCAAAUUUAUCAAAUUCACAUUUUCCAAAAUGGCACAAGAACCAAAACACAGCCCUCCUUCGAAAUUCGCACUUAUCUGAAGUUUGCACCGCAGUUCUCCAGCUAAGCUAUGUUUGCAAGCAUGCAUAUAUUAGGGGAAAGUGUGCCAUAUAUAUAUAUAUAUAUAUAUAUAUUAGUGGAAGCAGAAUACAAAAAAGCAUUGUGUUAGGGGAAAUGGCAUGUGCAUGCAUCAAAACUGCAUGCAAAAUGUGUUCAUUAAGAGAAAUUCACACUAAAACGCUGGAGGCUUUUCAUGAGGAUUUUUUUUAAAAAAGAAAAAGAAAUUUGCCAAUUGCUGCAGAAAUGUGGAGAACUGAAUCUGACAGAUCCUUCCAUCCGACCUGGGAGUAAGCUGCAUUGUACAGAAGGCAACAGCUUCUGAGUAGACAAGAUUGCACUGACAGUCAUCAAAGUGAAAAAGCAGAUACAAGAAGGCGGCUGAAUCCUUAGCACUGGGACAGGGAGCUGGUGGCCUUCAGAUGUUGCUGGACUCUGAGCUCGCAUCAGCCCCAGUUAGCAUGGCCAAUGGUCAGAGACUAUGGGCAGAUGUAGCCCAACAACAUCUAUCUCUGCUCUGGCCUUAGAUCUAGUUGAGGCCAGUAUACCCCACCUAGUUCAAUCCAAAUUCUAUGCUUUCUGACUCCCAAUCAUGCCAUGCCUUUGUGAUCAAUGAACAAAUGCAGCCUGCCGCCUUGCAAAAAAACAAAAAAGUAAAAAUAAAAACCGCCACACUGUGAUAACUUCAGAUCAUUUACCCACAUCUGAUCACCCAGAUGCGCACUUAGCUGCUAAGAGGAUCUCCAUCCCUUUUUAAGCAGUCACAUGGGCAAGCAUAACUGGAUGUCUGGAGCGCCAGCCCAUUUAUUGUGAGUUUACACAAAGAUGUGUGUGCACUUGUUUUACCUUGUCUGUAUCACAUAUGGACUGUUGGGAAGUGGAUGAAAAAGUGAUUGACAGAAGAGAGAAAGGUGUACCCAAAGCAGGAAAGCUGCAACAGGCUCAAUCAAGGAAAGUUGUGUGUAAUUCAAUCAAUAGUUCACUCGAACGCUAGAAGAAGAUGCUACUUGCUGUCUGUUGAACAAGUCCUGCUAAUGAAGAUCUCGAAACACAAUAGGAACUAUAUCACGUUACCAUUGCGCCUCCUAGGUCUUGCCUGUUGCAUUCUCCCCAUCCCCCAACAAGCAAUCAACCGUCUGUUGGGCUAGUCCCUUUUCAGUGAAAGUUCUCUUGUAGAGCUGUCCUGCUCUGGUCUCACCCCAGAAGUUUGCUCGCUUGUAUAGAAGAAAAUGCAGUCUCAUCUCAUGGGAGAGAUUUUCCUGUCCCUGCUACACAAAAAUGAAUGAAAGACCAGCUGUAUUUUGUUCUAUGGACUAACAUUUUAUGUUUUGUCACUAGGUGCUGCUCCUUAGCUGUGCAAAGCGCACUAUAGCAACACCUAGUGGUAGAACACAAGAAUUACAAUGCAGUGAUAGAUAUGAAACGAUAUGCACCAUAAACCCAGGUUAUCGAAUGAAGUAUGUAUACUGGUUGGGCAAACUCACCUCUAAUCCCUCCCAUUGGCUUCAGCAGGGUAGUUGAAACCUAAGUGUUCUGAUGGUGUUGUGGAUUAAACAAACAAAUGCUUUUGCCUCCAUAGGGCAAUUAUGGGUGAAUGCUAUCUUGAAUGUGUAGAGGUCUCCCAAGUGUCUGACAGCCCGUGGGUUCUUCCCUGCUAAUAUGACCAUUUUCUUAUCUCUGCCCCUUUGGCUCAGCCUCCCCUUGUGUCACUGUGCCUUCUUUGUAUAUUAUUAUUAUUAUUAAUUAUUCACUGCCAUUAAUCAAAAACUGAUGGACAAAUCACAGUUGCAUUCCUUGGUAUGGAUGGCCAGCCCGGUUCAUUUUGUAACGUCUAAACACUGCACAAAUGUAUGUUUCUUUGGAGCGUGGGGUGAGCCCCAUUUGAUAUCAGUGCUUUAAGCGGUCGGAAACAUUUUCCGUUCCUUUACAUCCAAGCUCGAUGCUGCCAAGUUUCUGCCGUUUGUACAACAUGCUCUCAGCACCCCUUCUUCAUGGACUGAUUCCUGUUCUUGUUUGCAAAGUAUCCACACUGUUCUAAAGCAUGCUCCUUCUUUCUGUAUAGUUCGGAUCUUCUGGUUUUAUGGAAUAAAAACACACACAUACUUAUGCCUGUUUGCAUUGCAA